CAGCUGUGGCUGCAUACUAAAGUUUUCACACAGUGCGCCGCAGCCAUGCAACGCAAUCACAAAGAACACUUGUACAAAAUCCUAGUUAUCGGCGACUUAGGUGUGGGUAAAACCAGCAUCAUUAAGCGCUAUGUUCAUCAGACCUACUCGACCAACUACAGAGCCACUAUAGGAGUGGACUUCGCCCUCAAAGUUCUCAACUGGGACUCGGAGACUGUGAGACUGCAGCUCUGGGACAUAGCAGGUCAGGAACGCUUUGGGAACAUGACACGGGUUUACUACAGAGAGGCCAUUGGGGCGUUCAUUGUUUUCGAUGUCACCAGACCUGCAACAUUUGAAGCAGUCACCAAAUGGAAGGAGGACCUGGACUCAAAGCUGACACUUGCCAAUGGCAAGAGCAUUACUACGGUGCUUCUGGCUAACAAGUGUGACCAAAGCAAAGACAUUCUAGUCAAUAAUGGUCUGAAGAUGGACCAGUUCUGCCAAGAAAAUGGAUUUGUAGGAUGGUUUGAAACCUCAGCCAAGGAAAAUCUAAACAUCAACGAAGCUGCAAAUUUCCUGGUCAAGCACAUCAUUGCCAGCGAGAAUGAUAUUCUCAAAUCAGCAGUUCCCGAUACCAUUUCACCUCAACUGUCCACGAACACAAAGAUGAGCUGUUCUGCAUGUUUUAAACCCUAACAUCUGGCCAGGAGGUGGAUUCAGGCUUAGCAGCUGAGAAGAACACUUCCACUAAAUCUAUAACCAUAAGACCUAAGCAAGACUUCAAAGAUUAACGUGUGUGAAUGUAACACAGAUACAUAUAUAUAGGUACUUUGUAAGAUUGCAGUUAUUUAUGUGCAACACAAGUCUGGAAUCAGCAUGCACAGUUUUCAGGUUAUGUUUGAUUCCAGAUGAACAGAUUGACAACCGUAGUGCCCUUUUUAAUAAGUUACAUCUGUCCAGCAGUUGUUUGUGACUUCUGAUCUCAUAUGUGUUUUACAUGUAGGACUUUUAAAUGUUUAAAUGUCUCAAUGUUGUGUUAAGCAGAUAUUUUUAUUGAAUCAUACUUUUUUAGAAUUGAGACUAUGUAGAUUACAUGCAGAACAAUUUUAGAUAAACUUUCAUCUUUAUGGUGCAUGAAAUGAAAACCUACACACACUCUCUGUGUGUCUCAGUAGCUCUUUCCAUCUAUUUUCUGCAUUCUUCCCAUCUCUGUUUCUCAUUCUCACUCUUUCUCCAUGCUCUUCAGUGAUUCACUUUCUGACUCACUGCCAUUAUAUAAAGCUCCCAUGAAGCCCCUCUUCAGCACACACUUUGUUCACAUCUUUAAACAUGGUUAUUGAUCUAAGUUCCUUUCUGUUCCACUGCCUGCUGAGAGCAAACCUCUUGCACUUUCACAUCGUACUAGUCUAUUGUCGUCUAUGUGGGAAGUAUUACAUAAUUUAAAAACACUUUAUCCCAAGUAUUAAAUAAUUUUU